AUGACUACAGCCAUUGUUACUGGUACUGGACGGCGCUCUUCUAUACGGCAGUCAGAUUUACAGACUUCAGCGACUGAUUUUACUUCACAAUCGAUGACUACCAGUCCGAUAGACAAGUUCCCGCAAUUCAAGGACGAUCAAUAUGAAACAGCUGCAGCUUCAAGCGAACCUCAUUCAAGUUUUGCGACCAACUAUACACUGAAUGAUCGCUGGGAAUCGCGCAAAGCAAACCAUUUUGCUCCAGAGUAUACAAAUGCGACAAUCAGGUAUCCAAAACAUAAGCCGAGAAAAAGCAUUAGCGAGGCAAUCAGUACCAUCCGCACACGUAAUGCCAGUGUGAGUGCCAAUGCGCAAGAAUUGGCCCAAGCCCUCCGGGCGCCGGUGUCAUAUAAACUGAUAAGUCUUUGCCUUAUUUGGUACAUGACCUCCGCCCUAACAAACACGUCGUCGAAAUCCAUCUUGAAUGCACUCCCAAAACCAAUUACUCUUACAAUUGUGCAAUUCGCGUUUGUAUCAAUAUGGUGCUUACUGCUGUCAUAUCUAUCGAAGAUACUGCCAUGGCUCAGGAAUAGUGUUCCAGCCCUCAAAAACGGUAUCCGCUACCCCUCACGCGAUGUUAUAAUGACUGCGUUGCCACUUGCAGCAUUUCAGCUAGCAGGCCACAUACUAAGUUCCAUGGCCACUUCCCAAAUACCGGUCUCUCUAGUUCAUACAAUCAAGGGACUAUCGCCCUUGUUUACGGUCUUAGCAUAUCGCGUGUUCUUUCGCAUCCGAUAUGCCAGUGCUACCUACCUAUCUCUUGUUCCUUUGACUUUAGGUGUUAUGCUUGCCUGUUCCACUGGAUUUUCUACCAAUUUCUUUGGAAUAAUGUGCGCAUUGGUUGCGGCUUUAGUCUUCGUUUCCCAAAACAUAUUUUCCAAGAAGCUUUUCAACGAAGCAGCGCAUGGAGAAUCGGAGACACAACAGUCUGCUCAACGGAAACUGGACAAGUUAAAUUUACUUUGCUAUUGCUCUGGAUUGGCCUUCAUACUAACACUUCCAAUCUGGAUUCUCUGCGAGGGUUACCCAUUACUUUCAGAUAUAAUGCAGGACGGAUCCAUCUCCCUGUCAGACAAGGAGAACUCUCUAGAUCAUGGUGCACUUAUAUUUGAGUUUGUGUUUAACGGAGUCUCCCAUUUUGCACAGAACAUCUUAGCAUUCGUUCUGCUAUCCAUGAUAUCCCCGGUUUCUUACUCGGUGGCUUCUUUGGUUAAGAGAGUAUUUGUCAUUGUCGUUGCGAUUGUAUGGUUUGGCAAUUCAACCACUGCUAUGCAGGCAAUUGGCAUUGUUCUUACGUUUAUUGGACUAUAUCUCUACGAUCGCAACAGCCAUGAUGACCUAGCAGACCAAAGGGCGAACGCAGACCACUUUCGCCUGAAGGAAAAUGUACUUCCUCUAAACAUCCGGAGUACAACUCAAACAUGGGAUUCGAACGGUUAUGUAUUUCCACCGGGAAAAACUAUUGAACGUCAGUUUCUAGACGACACACAUUCCUUUUCAAACAACCUGAAGAAAGACGAUAAUAGACCAGGCCUAGUCCGCCCCAGGGGAAGCAGUAAUACUAGGGCAUGGCUACCACCUGGCACAAAGCAAGAGACGACUUGGCAGCCAAGUGACUCUUAG